AUGGCCGCUUCUGUACAGCUUCCAGCAAUUUCGCAGGCACCAGUUGCCAGGGAAUUUCCAAAAGUGUCGCUGCACAGGUGAGAUAUUUUUGAACGGUAGUGCUAUGUUUUGGUGGAUCAAGUCGAUUGUAAGUCUUUAAAAUUCGGCCUCAGCGUGUUUAACGGAGGAUGCUUAUCUUAUGCAAACAGCAUAAGUACCGUAUAAUGAGUAGAAAAAUAAAUAUUUCUCCAAAUGUUUUGUCCUUUCCUGGACCUGACUUGCCAAUACUUUGCUUAAGGUUCGGUAUAAUUAUUUCAUGAACAUGAUAAAAUGCGUUGCAUUAGAUUAAUCAUAGUAGCAAAGACAGUGAAACGCGCUGUAUGUAACUUAGUCAAAAACAAGAGGAUGAGACAAUUGUUUUAAGUAGAAGCGAGACCCUUGGCACGCGAAUUAGCACUUAGACCUCGGUUAACGCCUGCUCGUAUAAUAAGGUUCUAAUUUUUUUGAACAAGUUGGCUAGCUACAAGUUGCGGGAUUCUGGCAAAAUAAAACACUUCUAGAAAAGUUGCUCUUAAAAGAAACUUUUUUUCAUUGAUUAUGAAGUGUGAAAAUACACACACACACUAAAGAGGGGUGUUUAAAGCUAACUUUUCGCGCUUGAAAAUUGAGAAUCAAAGAAUGAAAAGUAUCCCCAGUGAGACUUAAAUGAAUUUGUUGAUUCUUCAUCCUUAGGAAAGACAUGUCGCGCUGGGCAAAACUGGAUGUUCCUUCCCUGAAACUAGCGUCUCAACUUGACACCGAUCACUGGGCCAAGCUCAAGGGAAAAGUAAGCAUUAAAUAUCAAAAUAUUUUUUUCCUUUCUUUUUGGAAGUAUACAGUUCUUUUUCUACAUUCCCCAGCAUCUUGUUUUAUCAUGAUUUUAUGGUAGUCUUUUUUGUCAAAGAACUGUUUGGUUGAAAAUGUGUUCAUCACUUCAUGCUGAACAGAAGUAAUUUUCACGCUGAAUUGAGGUUUCCGCCACCAUUUUAAAGCUGAGCAAUCUGGAGCUUUUACAAAUGCUAAGUUGCUAGAUGUAGAAGAAAAAUUCAAGUAGUGAAACUAAUGACUGUCUCAAUGUAGUGAUUAUGUCUGAGUAACUUGCGUAUUUUUUCCGUACUGGUAAACCGGCCCUUAUUGCUUUAAUUUUAUUUUUCUCUUUCGUGAGGUCCUUCCUAACUAAUUCAAAAUUUGACGCAAUAUAUGUGGAUGUGUUUUUUGUCAUGUGGUUUCUCAUUUUAAGUUUCUCAUAAAUAGGACAGUUUUUGUACGUUUGACUAGGUUUUUCUUUCCUAAGUAUAAUAUUAUUUUGCAUCCAAAGCUGCUUAAAGUUGAUUUCCCCUAUUAAUUUACGUUUUUCUUCGCCUUUAGCAAGUGAUGCAAGUACAACUGAAUAGCUGGCCAUUAUUCAGUGAAUCAAGAAGACCCAUUAUCACGGGUUUCUUUCACCAUACGGGUUGGGACAUAACUAAGAGGACAUUUAAAUUGCAUUUGAAAACCUAAAAAGGCACUUCUGUGCGUCAUUGUAGAAACAGAGACAUAAAAAACACGAGGAACGGGGAAUUUAUGAAGAGUAUUAGCGAUGCGCACGCGAGAUAAGGACAAAGUCGUCAAAUGCAGGUUUUAUUUACAACAGCAGCGACUCAGAACCUGGUUCCAAAGGUCUCUUUCCUUCCAGUCCCCUGAAGUGAGAGAUGAGACGGAAGAAGGAAGGUUCUGGCAACGAGGUUGAAGCUGCGCAUGCGGCCUGGUAGAUAAUCUGAUAUUAGGCCCAGUGUUAGCACCUCUCAUACAUUCUCUCAUUCUCUCAAGAUAUGACCGAGACUUAACGCAACCAAGCAGAGAUUUUCGUACAAAAAUAUUAAUUUCUCAUGCAUCCCCUCAACAUUUGUCCGCAAGUGCCUGGGUGUUUUGUUUUGUUCUAAUAAAAAAUGCACCUCAAAAAUUCUACUCACUUCAACCCACCCUGCGAUUAGAGACUCCUUUUGUCUUCUUAAGUGAUGAGAAGAAAGGGAGGCUGUCCCUGAAUCACGUCAUUUAAGUCGCCGAAACCCGAACUUCUUCUUCUGAGCUAGUCAAACGGUAAAAACCGAGCUCGCUAUAGGAAGCGCACGGUCAUUUAUAGAGCUGGGUCAGGAGCCCAUAACCCGGAGUGAACAACCUCCAUGCGCUCUUGUUUUCACGGACCAGUUUAUUUUUAGAACGCUUUUGGCGCGAAUUUUGAGUAUCUUUUAAAUUUCUUAACCAGUCAGCAAAACCUAAAGACCUAAAAAUGAUAAUUUUUGCCUUUAAAUAACGUUUAAUUUUCCUUUUUGAUAUCUUACACUACGAAUGCGCUCAUAGCCGUGGUGGAGAUUCUAUUUUCGAGGGAAAAAGUGCCCUAGAAUGUGUCUAAAAACAAACUGGUCAGUAAACGCCGUGGUAUAGGCCUAUAGUAUGGGAGUUACUCGCUCCGGGUUAUGGGCUCCUGGCUGGGUUCGAAACUUUAUCUAGCAACAUGCAGCGCAUGUUUGAAAGAUCUUUUUGGAUUCAUGCAGAGUCUUUCCCGAGUACGCUAAAAUCUAGUGAGCAAAAAAAAGUCUCUACUGACCGGGUGACUACAACUUAACAUUGGUGAUAUCAUGUUUCAGCACAUCGAAUUCGUAACCCACGUGUCCUACGGCUUCCCGCCUAAACCAGCAAAGCAGUCUGGUCAUUCCCAUCCGCAGUCAGCAGGGCUGUCAAGUGCGUUCCAGAAGUAUUACUACAAUAAAAGCCAGCAUAGAGAGGAUCUAUUGAAAAGUGAGUAUUUAGGCAAACGCGGAUUUAGGAAUGGUCCUCGUGGUAUGCGCCCUUUUUUUCUGUAUGAUUUUGUAUUAUUUUUGAGAAUUCUCGUUUCCGAAUUUUUUGUAUCCGCCUCUGUUAGGAACUAUGUUAAGAAAAGGAUGUAACAUACUCCAAAAACGGAGCAUUUUAGUUAACCAAUGAAAGUCACACCUCGCGAAAGUUACCUACUAGUCUGGAGUAAAUUCAUUUAAAAACUCCUCUGCGCUCUGUACAGAACUAUUCAGGUCACUUUUGAGGAAAAAUUAUCAUAAAUAAAUACAAGGGUAGGGAAAAUUGACUGCAUAAGGCAAGAAAACAUUCUAUGGUGAAAAAUUAAAUAUAAACAUCACUUGCUACAGUUGUGUCAUUGUAAAUUCACGAUUCGGGUGUGACCGUCCGUGCAAAAAAUGAGUAACGGCCAAAAGGGCAGCAUGUAUGUUUUAACUAGCCAUAUAUCCACGUUAAGAGUAUAGAGGCAAAUCUUACAUGCAAAUCUUCACCAUAGCUUGAUAUUGUUUUCUGCUUAGAAUCCUUCACAAUGUACCAACAAGGCAAACCGGUGGAGAAAGAAGCUUCGCUCAGAGCAAAUAAGCAACAUCGGCCACAGGUUCAGAAAAGGCCAUCUGUAUACAACCAGCGGGCCAAGGAAGGAUUCAAGUUCUGGCUGGAAGACGAUCCAAUGAUCAACAGAGUUUCAUGUAAGAAUGCGAGUUAAACAGUUGGUCCGUGUAUACCGCAUUUUCUAAAUUUAAUGACUGGUAUUUGUUUCAAACUUUGCCCGGAAGACUUAGCGUUUGUUUUAAAGUCUGUCUAUUCUGUCCUGUAUUUUUAUUCCUUUUCUUGGCAUCGGUGCUUUGGUAUUUGCCCUUGAAAACGAAUUACCUCAAGAGACUCUUGAUUACCUUUAACCUCUCUUUCGCAAAUAAGUUUUGUUUCACACACAAUUAAUUUCAUUUGAAUGAUUGUGCAGCAGCCUCGCUUUUCAUGGGUAAUCCCCUUUCCGAAAAUUAUUAGUGGAAUGGUUACAAGCUCUCAGGGCAACGAUAUCGACCAAUCAUAACUAACUUGUCCACCCUAACUAUCCCAGAAAUCACUGCGCCCAAAGCUUGUACUCAUUCUCCCUAGAGCCUUGCUGAGGUGGAGAAUUCAAUGAAAUGGCCUUUCUUCGUUUUUCUUUUUUUUUUUUUUCAGUUUGUUCCAAGUAUACUUUUGGCUCAAAGAGCACAUUCCAUGGACUGGGCAAUGCUCCAAGGAACUGAUUCAGUUACAGAGGAUGGUUGCAACGAGUUUUUGUGAAUCAAGAGUGUAGUACUCAGUAAAACCUAACAAACAAAAAGAUCAAUACAUACAUGAAAAAGAGUAUGUAUAUAACCAAAGUAGCGUGAGAUCACAUUUACACGUUUAAAGAGGAGCUAAGAGGCUUAAAAACAUCAGUAAAGCUAACAUGCACUUUUAAGUAAAAAAUAGUCGCCUUUGAAAUUUCGGUUCUAUUACCAUUUGUGUGUGUUUGUACUAGGGCAUUAGUGAGAGUAAACAAAAACCAACUCUGAGUGCAGUAUUGACGUGCAGUAUUUGAAAUGGACAUACUGUAUAUAUUAUAUAAAUAGUAGUACUUAUAAAUGAUAUUAAAGAUUACUAAGUUUGAUCACUAAGAGGUCCAAGAGAGGGUCUUAGCUUAAUACAAAGAAGGAAAUAAAACUU